CCACCUCCUCCCAGCCCCCCGACCCCCCCAGCGCAACACAGCAAACACACCACACGCGCCCUCCCGACUCCUGCGACCUGGCGCCGUGACCCGCAUCCGUCGAAGCCAUGUCGGUCAAGUUCGAGAAGGAGACGGUCAAGACGACCGGCAUCCCCGUGCCCGGCGGCAAGCUGGACGAUGGAAAGCACCACAUCGCCCGCGACAUCGGAAAUGCCCUCACCAAAGGCGGCGGGCCAAAUGGCUACCUGGCUGCUUAUCUCAAGCAGCUCAACGACAACCCCAUGCGCACCAAGAUGCUGACCUCUGGCACCCUCGCUGGCCUGCAGGAGUUUCUGGCCUCGUGGAUUGCGCAUGAUCGGAGCAAGCACGGCCACUACUUCACCUCGCGCGUUCCCAAGAUGGCCAUCUACGGCGCAUUCAUCAGCGCGCCCCUCGGCCACGUCAUGAUCAGCCUGCUCCAGAAGCUGUUCCGUGGCCGCACCAGCUUGAAGGCCAAGAUUUUGCAGAUUCUCAUCAGCAAUUUGGUGGUGGCUCCGAUACAGAACACCGUCUACCUCAUUUCGAUGGCCAUCAUUGCAGGCGCCCGCACCUUCCAUCAAGUGCGCGCUACCGUCAAGGCCGGUUUCAUGCCCGUCAUGAAGGUCAGCUGGAUCACUUCGCCCAUCUGCCUCGCCUUUGCCCAGCAAUUCCUCCCCGAGAGCGUAUGGGUGCCCUUCUUCAACCUGGUUGGAUUCGUUAUCGGUACAUACAUCAACUCGCACACCAAGAAGAAGAGGCUUGCCGCGUUGAGGCGGAAGCAUUAUGGAGAUUCUGGACGGGAUUCUUCCGGCCUUGGACGGGAUGCAUCAGGGCGGGAUACUGGACGUAGGGAACCAGGCAGGCCCGGUGAUGAUUACGACAGGCGGGGUUACUAGAUAUACCACAAGCAGGCGUUCUAGCGGUUUGUUGGCCUGCCACCUACCCCUGAGAGACGCCGUCACUAUGGACAACGGAACUGUGUCACGAGCGACUUUGUACAUUCAAUGAUUUUUGGCCGGGUAAUUGGGGGGUAGGCUAGGUGUUGCUUUUGGAUAUAACUUAAAUUCCAUUGCCUCGUUGUAAGUGUUUACACUCUUCUGUCGCUGAUUAAAAUGCUUCAUUGCAUUCUCAGAAAUCGGAAAUAGGUGGAUUUCAUUGAUUUGAAUAGCUGGGCCUGUCCAAACGGCGCCCUAGACUAAAACAGGAUGACGCGUUCAUAUAUCUGAAAUUAGUGAAGCAUCACAAGCAGC